GCAUGCGACGAAAAAUAUUGUAUGCAUGCGACAGUGCCGUCUCAGAGCACAGUGCGAUCGAGAGACGCAGCCGUGGUUUAUUAAUUUCAGAACAAGCAAGCAGGCAAGGAUGGAAGGGAAGAAGAGCUAGGAUGAGCGCCGGCACGGCGGACACGGUGGUGUGCGUCACCGGCGGCAGCGGCUACAUCGGGAGCUGGCUCGUCAGGAAGCUCCUCGGCAGAGGCUGCGUCGUCCACGCCACCCUGCGGAGCCUCGCGGACGAGAAGAAGACGGAGCUGCUCCGGGCGCUCCCCGGCGCGGCGGAGCGGCUGCGGCUGUUCGAGGCGGACAUGUACGACGCCGACACCUUCGAGCCCGCCAUCGCCGGCUGCCACUUCGUCUUCCUCGUCGCCACUCCCAUGGCGCACGACCCCACCAGCACCAAGUACAAGAACAUGACGGAGGCGACAGUGGACGCGGUGCGCAUCAUCCUCCGGCAGUGCGAGCGGUCCGGCACGGUGAAGCGCGUCAUCUACACGGCCUCGGUCACGGCCGCGUCGCCGCUCAAGGAGGACGGCAGCGGGUACAAGGACUUCACCAACGAGUCCAACUGGACACCGCUCAACCUCUCCUACGAAUUCAGCAACACUCACCUGGACGAUUACGUGCGGUCCAAAUUGCUAUCGGAGAAGGAGCUACUGAGCUACAAUGAGUCCUCUAAGGAUCAGCCCCGGACGCUAGUAGAGGUGGUCGCCCUGGCGUGCGCGGUCGUCGGCGGCGACACGAUCCAGACGUACCUGUGGAGCAGCCUCGCCGUGGUCGUGGCGCCAUUGACGGGGCAGGCGAUCCUCCACAACUCCCUCAUGUUCAUUCAGGCGUUAAUGGGCUCCGUGCCGCUGGCGCACGUGGAGGACGUCUGUGAGGCACACGUCUUCUGCAUGGAGCAGGCGUCCAUGUCCGGCCGCUUCCUCUGCGCCGCCGGGUACCCCAACAUGCGGGACAUCGUCGACCACUUCGCCGCCAAGCACCCCGACCUCGAGAUAAAGCUGACGGAGGUGACUGGGGAAGGCAUUAGGAUUGUGCCCAACACCAGCAAGCUUGAGGACUUGGGAUUCAGGUUCAAGUACGGAGUGGAGGAGACGCUGGACUGCAGCGUCGAGUGCGCCAAGAGGCUGGGAGAACUCUAGAUGCUGCUACACAUGCAUGCGCAGCACUGGAAAAAUUGUGGUAUCGUGUUCGUACGUGUGUAUGUUGCGCCAUUGCGGUCUCUUACUCCCACCAGAGUCCAGAGUUUGAACUGUUCGGUGUUUCCAGACUAUAUGGUUUCGUUACUGAUUUGCAUUUACAA